AUGCCUACAUCUCGCAUAAGAUGGGACGACUGGAAGGACAAGGUGAUGCUAAUGGCAGUGUUCGAGCAAAUGAACAUGACCUCUCCGGACUUCAAACGUCUCUCCAAAGUGAUGUGUGGAGAUUACAGUGCGGACGCUCUGAAAAACCGCUUCAGGGCACUCAACAAAGAGGCUGCAGCUAUCUUGCGUGAUCGCCAGCGCCAUGCCGAAUCACGAGAAAUGACCGACGAGUCCCUUCCCAUGAUGUCGGGAGCUGUGAACAGUCCGGACGAAAACGAUGUCGCCGUUAUCCGAGAAGUUGCCUUACGAAGCGAGCUCACCGCCCCUCUGAGCGAACCCUCCCCUAGUAUGCAAUCGAGGCGCUGUCCGCCACAAACGCAGAGAGCCAUGCCAGAAGUUAUCUCACAGAACUCUCAGCUUUCCAGCGUUGAUCACCACACCCAGAGCAGCGGUGUACAACACCAGCAGCAGUCGAGUUUGAACUACGAGCCAAGUGUGCAUCCUGCACGCCGUCCCCAGUGCUCCCACGAAGCAACCUCCCCGGCUCGCCCGUACAACCACCCUCGCAGCUCUCCUCAAAUAGGGUCAGGCGGACGUGGUUUUCCUCGCGGACAGCAAGAGCGGGGUUGGGAUCAGACUCUCAGGGCCAAGAAUACUGCUGGAAGGCCUUUCAAGCUGCGAAAUAAAAACAACCGUCAGCGCAAUAUUCCCCAGAUGACCCGAGUCGAAAUUAAUCAUGGACCUGUACACACCAAAUUUUAA